AAUAAUAAAUAAAAAGAAAACCCAUCAUCUCUUCUCUUGAGAAAAAUAGGAAAAAAACAAUGAUAACAUAUUUAGAGAGUGCGAACGGACCAGUUUCCAUUACUGUUUCUAUCUCUCUUUCUACACACUGAAAGUCUGAAGGAGAAAGAACGGGUUUGUAGUUGGUUCGUUGCGUUUCUUUCUCCUUAAAAACUCUCUCUCUCUCUCUCUCUCUCUCUUUUUAUUUCUUUCCUCUCUCAGCUACUCUGUUUCUAUUUUACGCGCCUUAACAGAAUCUUCCUCUGCUUUGUUUUCUUCGUCUUUCUCCUGGAUUGAAUCUGAUUCUGAGAUCCUCCUCCUACCUUUUUGAUUGAUCUCUUUUGAGAUAGAGAUAUAGAAAAGAGUUUUGAUGAUUCUCGUGUUUGUAGUCUCUUUCCCAAUCACUGUGUGAUGGUCUCUGAUGUAUUAAAAUAAACAAAAGACCUCUCUUUCUUUUUUUUUUUUUUUGUGUGGUGCCAAUAGAAAAACAUCUACGUAGAUCUCUUCCUUUUUUUUCUUUUAAACUUUCUGGGAUUAAAUUUACUGUACAAUUAUUUUAUCACAAAAACCGUUUCUUUACUCAAAAACGAUUAGACCAACAAGUGGGUUUGAAAGGCUUGAUUCUUUUGUCAAUUUGUCAAUUCAAUCUUGGCGAUGUGGGUUUAAGAUUCACUGCUGUGGAAUAAUAUUCGCCAUUAGUGUUCUUUCAUAAAGUAGCUGGAACUAAAAAAAUAGAGAUAUCUCUUUCCUUACCUGAAUCCCAUCAUUGCUCUCUGUGGUGAUAAUCUGGAUCUAAAGCCUCAAUCUUUCUCGCUGGAGGACCACCGUGGGUGUGAUUGUACAGCAGUUGGUCUGGAGUGCCUUGUUAAUAUAAUCAGGGCCCUUAGAAUGGGGUCCUGUCUAUCUGCUGAGAGCAGGAGUCCCACACCUGGCUCUCCUGGCUUUGGUGUGAAGAAGAGAAAAAACUCUAAGAAGAGACUCGGUUCCAGAAACUCCUCCUUUGAUUCAAGAAGAGAUGAUCCGUUGCAUAGAGUCCCGGGCCGGAUGUACUUGAAUGGAGCAAGUGAGGCUGCUUGUAUCUUCACUCAACAAGGCAAGAAAGGGCCUAAUCAAGAUGCCAUGGUUGUUUGGGAGAGUUUUGGUUCAAUGACAGAUACAGUCUUCUGUGGAGUGUUUGAUGGGCAUGGUCCUUAUGGUCAUAUGGUUGCAAAGAGAGUCAGAGACAAUCUUCCUCUCAAAUUAAGUGCUUAUUGGGAAGCUAAAGUACCUAUUAAUAGUGCAAGCACCAUCAACAACUCUGAAGAUGCUUCUUUUGUAUCUGCUGAGGAAGAACCUAGUCCAUCUGUUGAUAUUGAGAAGGAAGAGUCCCAAUCUGAAUUGUUUCAAACUCUGAAAGAUGCCUUUCUUAAGGCUUUCAAAGUUAUGGACAGAGAGCUUAAAUUCCAUAAAAGUGUUGACUGUUUCUGCAGUGGGACAACGGCUGUGACUUUGAUCAAACAGGGUGAGUAUCUCGUUGUUGGAAACGUUGGGGACUCAAGAGCUGUGAUGGGGACAAGAAACGGUGAAAAUGCUCUUGUUGCUGUUCAACUAACUGUUGAUCUCAAACCAAAUCUCCCAGCUGAGGAAGAGAGGAUAAAGAAGUGUAGAGGACGUGUGUUUGCUCUUAGAGAUGAGCCUGAGGUUUGUAGAGUCUGGCUGCCAAACUGUGACUCGCCUGGACUUGCAAUGGCACGUGCUUUCGGAGACUUUUGUCUUAAAGAUUUUGGUCUAAUCUCUGUCCCUGAUGUAUCGUUCCGUCGAUUAACCGAACAAGAUGAGUUUAUAGUGUUGGCUUCAGAUGGGAUUUGGGAUGUGCUCUCAAACGAAGAGGUAGUGGCGAUUGUGGCUUCAGCACCAUCACGUUCCUCUGCAGCAAGAGCUUUAGUGGAGUCUGCGGUUAGAGCUUGGAGAUACAAAUACCCUACCUCCAAAGUCGACGACUGUGCUGCGGUUUGCUUGUAUCUACACUCCAAUGACACAAACCUCAUAUCGUCAGCUUCUUCCAUCUCCAAACUGGAAGAUGAUGAUGAUGCAUCAGAACCAAGCGGUCUAGGCCGUUCAAGUACUGUCAGGACAGGGAAAGAGAUUGCUCUUGACGAAAGUGAAGCUGAAAAGCUGAUUAAGGAAGAGGAUAUAGAGCCUGGAACAGAGUACUCUGCACUAGAAGGUGUUGCAAGAGUUAAUACACUUUUAAACUUACCAAGAUUUGUGCCUGGAAAAUAAAAGAGAAAUAAGAGUUCGAAAACUGAAGAAGUUGAGUGGUGACAACAACACAUUUAAUCAAAUAAAUCACUCUCAGGACUCAGGAGAGGUACUGUGUCUUUUCUUUCCCACCUUUCUACAUUCUCUUAUUCUUUGAGUCGACAUUCAUUGGUUUGGAACAUAAACUCUUGUCAGUUUUGUUUUUCUAUUUAUGUCUUUCUUUCUGUUUUGGUAUUGUCAGUAAAGAAAGUGAAAACACAAUCACAUGUAUGUAAUAACGGCUUUGUGUCUGUGAUACCAUGAACCCCCCCUCCCCGGGACUUAAUUUUGUCCGUCUGUUGGGGGAAUAUUUCCUGUUGAUUGCUUCAA